UUAUCCUCGUACUUUUGAAAAAUUUGCUACACACCCCUCUUAUAGUUUCCGACACUGUUUAAGGUAGCAGCAUUCUAUGCUACUUAGUUCUAAGCAUAGCAAUGAUCUAUUGUUGCUAACAUUGAGGUUGUCUCCCCUAACGUAGACAUGCUAUGUAAAACAGCUUCUCAUAGUUUUUCUCCAUGCCGCCUUCAAGAAACUUGCUUGCGGGUUCUUUCUUUCUGCAACUCAAACUCCCUCAAAGAAGGGGUAUGUGUUCACAGCCCCAUUAUCAAACUGGGUUUAGAAGAUGACUUGUAUUUGAACAACAAUUUGCUGUCUUUGUAUGCUAAAUGCUAUGGAGUUCGACAAGCACGCUAUCUAUUCGAAGAAAUGCCGUACAGAGAUGUUGUGUCCUGGACAACUAUUCUGUCUGCUCAUACCAAGAAUAAGCAUCAUUUUGAGGCCCUUGAGUUGUUUGAAAUGAUGCUGGGUUCUGGUCAGAACCCGAACGAGUUCACCUUGUCGAGUGCCUUGAGAUCAUGUUCUGCUUUGGGGGAGAUUGAGUGUGGUGCUCAAAUUCAUGCCUCUGUUGUGAAGAUUGGGUUAGAGGUGAAUCCGGUUCUGGGAACUUCGUUGAUUGAGUUAUACACCAAGUGGGAUUGUACUGUGGACACGUACAAAUUGCUUGAAUUUGUGAAGGGUGGUGAUAUUGUGUCAUGGACAACGAUGAUCUCUUCUUUAAUUGAAACUAGUAAAUGGAGUGAAGCUCUAGAAAUCUAUGGCAAGAUGAUUGAAACGGGUGUUUGUCCAAACGAGUUCACAUUUGUUAAACUCUUAGGCUUGUCUUCUUUUCUUGGUUUGGGUUAUGGGAAGCUACUACAUGCACAGUUAAUCAGAUUUGGUAUUGGAAUGAAUUUGGUGUUGAAAACCGCCAUUGUUGACAUGUAUUCCAAAUGCAGACGGAUGGAAGAUGCAAUUAAGGUCUCCAACCUGACAACCGAAUAUGAUGUGUGCUUGUGGACCACCAUUAUCUCUGGAUUUACCCAAAAUUUGCAGGUUAGAGAGGCUGUCAAUGCAUUUCUUGAUAUGGAAUUGUCUGGAAUCCUACCAAAUAAUUUUACAUAUGCUAGUUUAUUGAAUGCUAGCUCCUCAAUUUUAUCAUUGGGCCUGGGGGAACAGUUUCAUUCACGGGUUAUCAUAAUUGGACUGGAGGAUGAUAUAUAUGUGGGAAAUGCACUGGUGGAUAUGUACAUGAAAUGCUCCAGCAUCACAAAAGGUGCAGUGAAAGCUUUUAGAGCGAUAGCCUCACCAAAUGUCAUAUCUUGGACUUCUUUGAUUGCUGGCUUAGCAGAACAUGGAUUUGAAAAAGAAUCUUUUCAGUUGUUUGCUGAGAUGCAAGCAGCAGGAGUGCAACCAGAUUCCUAUACUCUAUCUACUGUUCUUGUAGCUUGCAGCAAUAUAAAGUCUCUUGUUCAAACUAUGAAACUCCAUGGACAUAUCAUAAAAACAAAAGCAGACAUUGAUAUAGCUGUUGGGAAUGCUCUUGUAGAUGCUUAUGCUAGAGGGGGAAUGGCGGAGGAAGCAUGGUCUGUUAUUGGCAUGAUGAAUCAUAGAGAUCCCAUCACAUACACAAGUUUAGCUGCAAGAUUAAACCAGAGGGGCGAUCAUGACAUGGCAUUAAAAAUAGUGACUCGCAUGUGCAAUGAUGAGGUUAAGAUGGACGAAUUCAGCUUGGCGAGUUUUCUAUCAGCUGCAGCUGGCUUAGGGACUAUGGGAACCGGAAAGCAGCUACAUUGCUAUUCUGUCAAAACAGGUUUUGAGAGAUGUAACUCAGUUUCAAACAGCUUAGUUCACUUGUACAGCAAGUGCGGUAGUAUGCACGAUGCAAAGAGAGCUUUCAAAGAGAUAACUGAGCCAAAUGAAGUUUCAUGGAACGGUUUGAUAUCAGGAUUGGUAUCAAAUGGACAAACAUCCCAUGCUCUUUAUGCCUUUGAUGAAAUGAGGUUAGCAGGAGUCAGACCUGAUUCUGUCACAUUCAUGUCACUGAUUUCUGCUUGCAGCCAUGGUGGUUUAUUGGAUCAGGGCCUUGAGUAUUUCUAUUCUAUGGAAAAAGCAUACCAUAUAAAACCAAAAUUGGAUCAUUACGUGUGUUUAGUUGAUCUCCUUGGUAGAGGUGGUCGCGUAGAGGAAGCUAUGGGAGUUAUUGAAACAAUGCCCUUCGAGCCGGACGCCAUAAUUUGUAAAACUUUAUUAAAUGCUUGCAAGUUACAUGGAAAUGUUGCCCUAGGAGAAGAUAUGGCAAGGCAAUGUCUUGAGCUUGAUCCAUCUGAUCCUGCAAUAUAUUUGCUGCUUGCAAACUUGUAUGACAGUGCAGGACUCAAUGAUUUCGGAGAUAAAACUCGCAAGCUGAUGAGAGAAAGAGGUUUAAGGAGAAGUCCUGGGCAGUGCUGGAUGGAGGUAAGAAGCAAGAUUCAUAACUUCUCUGCUAGAGAGAAGAUUGAUGAGAAUGAGAUUACUCAAAAACUGGAGUUUAUUAUAACUGAAUUUAAGAAUAGAGGGUAUCCUUACCAAGAGAAUGAAGAUAAGUUGUACCAUUCAGAGCAAUUAGCCUUUGCAUUUGGUCUUCUUAAUGUACCAACUAUGGCUCCAAUACGCAUAAACAAAAAUUCACUGAUAUGCCCUCACUGCCAUACUUUUGUAAUGUUGGCCACACAAGUAGUUCGUAGGGAGUUAAUUGUGAGGGAUAGGAGACGGUUGCAUUUCUUUAAGGAUGGCCAGUGUUCAUGCAGAGGUCACUCUUAAUGCCUAACGUUUUCUUGAUUUUAGUCUCAUGAAUAGAAACUUGAUAGGAUCAAAAUCUAUGUCCCAAAAUUGUCUCAUAUUUCUGUGUUACCAAUGAAAUUUUGUAGGGUCAAUUAAAAAACACUCAUGAUUCUUUUGGUGUUUCCAAGUCUUGUACUACUUGAAAUAAAUGCUAGUAACUUUAAAGUCCUCAAAGCUUUUACUCUGUAUUGACUAUUGAGUCAGAUUCUCCCAGGUACAUUAUAUGUUAUCAGAGGCCCCAUGUUAUCAAAUAUUUCUGUGAAAUAUAUAUUGUGCUUCUCAUAAUCUCUAUAGCUAGCAAGUGUAGAAGGAUGUGAAGUUGUAUUGCAAACUACUCAAAUACAAACAUUUGUAAAUUGGAAGAGUUAGCUUGGGAGUUGCAACUUGCAAAUGCUGGAGUAUUUAUUUUCAUUAGAAAAGGUAUGUGCUUAUUUAAUUAAUAAGGCCUUCUAUUUCUUUGUAAUCAACUCACAAUCCACCCAUUUGCAUCUGAGUUCCUUCAUGUCCUUCCUUUUUAGUAGUUUUUAUAUGGAAGAUGGAUCCGCAUUAGUCAAAGGGUUUUGAAGGUAUGUGGUACCUGUUCUAGUUUAUUGCCAUUUCUGAUAAGCUGCAUAAGCAUGACAUCUAUGUGACUGUUUAGUUUAACCUGUAUUGACUGCAACCAUCGAGUUUGAAUCCAAACAUACAACAAUUCAAAUUGCUUUGCCAAUUU